AUGCUGGGAUCGAGGGCAAUGUGCGAGAAGUGGGAAGGCGAAGCUGGAGCCCGACGCCAUCCGCCUGGAGCCGCUGUGCGAUCAGCGCGCGAAAAGCGGGAGGCAACGCGGGACAACGAGCGACGCAGGAAGAAGGCGAAGGACGAGCCCGACGCCAUCAGCUGCACUCGACGCGACGAGAGCCCGACGUGCGAAGGCUGUCGAAGGUCGAGCCCGAUGCCAUCAGCUGCAUCCGACGAGAGUUGGAAAGCCGGAGGUGAAGAUGGAGCCCAACGUCCUACUCAUACGGCGAGAAGCGAGAGGCGAAGUUGGAGCCCGAUGUCCUGGGCAUGGCGAUCGAAGGUCGAGUCCAAUGCCAUCAGCUACCCGACGAGUUGUAAAAUGCUGUAG